CAUGCAAUUGUUUUUCAAAAAAAAAAUUGUAUAAAUCCAAAACUAACACUUUAAUUACCUUAAAAAAUAUAUAUUUAAAUAAUUCCAUAUUGGCUGCGAAAUUUAAUUUGGCAAAAAAAAAGUCUUAGAAUCAGGUAAUUCGAAUAUAAAAGCAGCUCUCCAAAUACUCAAACAUCGAUUUACUUAAUAUACGAUGUCAGGAAAGAUGAUGAUAGUGUGAAGCCUGGGGUGUCCAAGCUAAUCUAUGUCGGUGUUUCAUUGUUCGUUUUAUCUGUUCCUGCAUGUAUGCUGCAGUGCUAUGCUGACUAUACCCCAGGCCUAUAACAUGAUUAGUUAAUUUCUUAUAGUCAUAUAUAUUCUAUCUCACAAGCUGAGAUUUCAUUCAUGAUACAUUUAUUAUUGAUUUAUCUUUCUUUCUUAAUUUUGGAUUUUGAAAAACAUGAAUGUGAACUAUUUGUAUUGCAUUUUGGGCAAUAAUCAUUGGUUUCAGAAGAUAAAAAAUACAUGAUCUUUUAGAUAUUAUUAACUAUAGAGAAUUCUAUCAAAAUCAUGGAAUCCACUGAAAACAUAUUUCCCUGCCUUAUCUGUGAUGAAAACUUUUCAUCAGGCCCCAGUUUGGAAAAGCAUAUGUUUUUGCACAUUAACCAUGAAACUGGCGAUUUAAGCGAAUACACAACUAACAACAUUGUGGGAACUAGUCUGCCUGUCAACCCUGAGAAGCCUGACGGAAAGGACAAUAUCAGUGGCUACAGCAGAGAUGAACCAUUUGCUUGCCAACAAUGUGGAAAGAACUUCAAAUCGAAGUGGCAUUUAAAUGUGCAUAUGAGAACUCACGCGGUUGAAAAACCUUAUAUAUGUAAACGAUGUGGGAAGUGUUUUUCACAACAAUGUAAUUUAAAAGUGCAUACGCGAACUCAUACUGGAGAAAAACCAUAUGUUUGUAAACAAUGUGGAAAGUGUUUUGUGAAGUCAUCUGAUUUACAUAGGCAUGAGCGAAUUCAUACUGGGGAGAAACCUUAUGUUUGUAAACAAUGUGGUAAGGGUUUUUCGCAAUCAUCUAGUUUACAAGAUCAUACACUAACUCAUACUAGAGAGAAACCUCAUGUUUGCAAGCAAUGUGGAAAACGUUUUUCACGAUUGUCUAAUUUACAUGUGCAUAAGCGAAUUCAUACUGGGGAGAAACCUUAUGUUUGUAAACAAUGUGGUAAGGGUUUUGUGAAGUCAUCUGAUUUACAUAGGCAUGAGCGAAUUCAUACUGGGGAGAAACCUUAGGUUUGUAAACAAUGUGGUGAGGGUUAUUCGCAAUCAUCUCAUUUACGAGUGCAUGAGCAAUCUCAUACUGGAACGAAACAUUGGACAAUAUCGCGAAAGUGGAUGUGAUGAGGCGAAGUGUGGAAGGGGAUAUAUAUUAAAUGUCAAGAUUCACAAAUAGGGGUUCGCGGCCUCAUACUGGGGAGAAACCUUAUAUUUGUCGUAAAUGUGAAAAACCCUUUUCAUGAAGGCAUGAACGAACUCAUACUGAAGUAAAAUCUUUAUGCCUGUACACAAUGUGAAAGGGGUUUUCUAGAUUUAUCAAAUUUAUGUGUACAUGAGCAAACUCAUACUGGAGAGAAAGAAAUCUUUUGCAUAAUUUAUGUCUUCCGGGUUAAAAAAAUCCAUGAUCUGGUCAAAAAAUUUAUUGGAGGUCUUCAAAAUUAAGGUUUCUGUUGAGAGUUGAAAAUUGAGUUGUUUACUUAAUUCUAAUGUAUUCCUUUGCAAUAAGGCAUCCAAAGCUUGUAGGUGCUUAUUAUUUGAUGGUAUUGUUACUAUACAACAUCCAUCAAAAUGAAAGAGUGCAAUUAUUUGUCAUAGUAAUAGACUGAUAAUACAAAGUAUUGCCAUUAUAAUAAAUUACAAAUACCAUUGAAAGGUAUUGCCAUCAUAUCAUAAGGAUCCCGACAUACGUUCUCAUCCCUGCACCAUGUUUCUAGGAUUACUGACUCAACAUGUGUUUGUCAUAUGAUUAAGCCGUCUUAUUGACUUUCUUCUCCACCGGAAUAAAUAUGUAAAUCCUAAUUCUUUUUUCAUUGAUUGCAAAGCUUAAAAAUGCAAUGCUUUUAUUUUAG